AUGAUUCUUGUGCAGGUGCAAGAAGACAUUGCAUGGGAAAGCCCAUACGGAGUGUUGACCGUAUACGAACGAAGAAUUCGCAUGCAAGACGACGAUGGGGGAGGAGGGGGCCCGGACGGAAACGGCGGAGGGGGCGGUGGAGGAAACUCUGACGAUUAUCCCCCACUCGUUGGAGGAUUGAAGAAGGAGGGCAAAGUUGUCAGGUGGCAUGUGGUUGGAUCUCCCUUGGGGAAUUUUAGCAGCGUUGUUGUGUUUCCAUUUGAUUCACGAACGAAGACUUGCUGGCUCAUCAGGGAGAUACAAAGUGGGGUGCCUGGAGGACUGUUCGAAGAGAAAAAGCAUAAGGACCUGCUGCAAGCUGCUCGAGAUGAACUGAAUGAGGAAGCCGGCUUGAUGGGCGGAACCUGGAUUGCUCUUGCUCCGGAAGGGAUACCACAGGACAAGUACUCGCGUAAUCGUUUACACCCUUACCUUGUCAUCGACUGCAUGCGGGACCCAAAUCCAAAACCUAAGGAUGAUGAUGAGAUCAUCGAAGUGGAGCAAGGAGUAGCCCUGGAAGAAGCCAGGAGGAGAGUGCUUGAAGGCGAUAUGCCUGCACCUGCAGCUAUGGUGACUCUCCUAGCGAUCGACAAACUUCGACAGCUAGGACAUAUUUGA